CGAUUCCAACCAACCUUGUCUCUUCUUGUAUACUUACUUACUUACUUAUCUUCCUUUCACAGCAAGCCAUUCCAUUGAAUUCCUAAUUAUCUGCUCUCUCACACUUUUGUUUCUCUCUCUUCUGAAUUGAGUGUUCAUUUUAGUAACAUCUUUGUUCUGGCCGGCGGCAUGGAAUCUCAUCCACGCAAUUCUGAAGACGACGACGUCUUUGACUUUUCUAACCUGGAAGUGACCCAUGUCAAUGAUGGCCACAAUGAAGGGUACAAAGAGGGAUUGACUCUGGGAAAAGAAGAGGGUCGACAAGUGGGUCUCAAGCACGGAUUCCAAAUCGGCGAAGAACUUGGUUUUUACAGAGGCUGUGUUGAUAUAUGGAAGUCCGCAUUCCAGCUUGAUCCGGCUUGCUUCUCCUCAAGCUCAAGGGUUCAGAAGAGUAUAUAUCAGAUGGACGAGUUAGUGAGAGAUUACCCACUAAUGGACCCAGAAGAGGAGACGGUCAACGAAAUUAUGGACUCUUUAAGGCUGAAGUUUAGGUCAAUUUGCGCGACAUUAAAUGUGAAGUUGCAGUAUAAUGGGUACCCCAAAGCUGUGGACGCCAAAAACGUUGAGUUUUGAAUAAAGGAUGCCAUCUACAAAUUCCUCACAAGGCUGUUUUGUUUUUGUUUUUUCUUUCUCUC